AUGGAGGAACCAGUCCCCCCAGUACGGCCCGAAUCAAGGAUUCAGGAGGGCGCAUUUAACAGCGCCACGCCGCUUAUCGAAGAAGAGGCCUUCUUAUCGCCGGGAACAUUCUCCAGCGCGGACGACUACGCCGCCAACCCCAGGUUCCUGGAAUUACAAGAAGAACUUCGCUGCGUGCUCUUUUCCGCAGUCGCAAGCCUCGAGCCUUCAAAUUACGCAUCCCCAGCACCCUUAGAGCCAACAGAAGGGCCGCAACCGCGAGCUCCACGCCAAAGCCUAGAUUUCACCCGCGUCAUCUCCAUCCCCAAAAUCCGACUAAUCUUCUACCUCAAAAACUGGAUAACUGAAUGCGCACCGUACCUCGAUAAAUUCGAUGAGGCGCGACAUUUCGGUGUGCACAUUCCGAUUCUCGCACAAGGUUCACCGGCCCUUUUCUAUGCGAUCCUGGCUUUCUCCGCACGGCAAACAGAGCGAAAAGCCUGUCUGGACAAAGCCUAUGACAGCCUCGAGCUGUACCAAGAGUCUAUCCGCCUUCUGGCACCAUGUCUCCAAGCCAAAGACCCCAAUGUCCUCGUGACAGUCUGCAUCCUAGCUGUGAUGGAACUAAUGUCCGUAAGUCCGCGCGACUGGCGACGACACGUUGAGGGUUGCGCAGCAUUAUUCGAGUCAUUCAACGUGAACGGGCUCUCAGGCGGCCAUCUACAAGCCGUGUUCUGGUGCUACGCGCGGAUGGAGCUAUGCGGAGCGAUCAUCUCCAACGGCGUGGAAAGCACCGUCCUCCCGCUCGAGAAAUGGGUUCCGGCCAUGCCGCAAGCCAGCUCGAAAGAGGCAGAGGAAGAUAUGAUCCGUGACUCAUUCUGCGAGAAAGGUCGUGCAUCAGCAGAUAUGCACGCCAACUGGGCUGUAUAUCUGUGCGCGAAAGCAUGCGACCUUUCCUGUCGUCGUACACGAUUCUUGGAAUUGGGGGAGGCGACUGACGACACGCGACCGUUCUCGGAGCAGUGGAGUCGGCUCUGGGAGGAGUUACAGUAUUGGCUUGAGCAGCGGCCACCUGCUAUGCUGCCCAUCAAGACUACGGGGAUGAGCAGUGGGCAGACUUUCCCGGAGAUUUUGUUUGCGCAUUGGGCGGCGAUUUCAGGCAAUCAGUUGUAUCAUGCUGCGUCCAUUAUGAUGUUGGAUAUGAGGCCUGUUGAGAGGAGGACGCCUGCUUCCAAGCCGCAUUUUUCGGCGAUCUGGCAUGCGCGUCGGGUUUGUGGGAUUUCGUUGACGAAUCCCCAUUCGGGGAAUUUGAUCAAUGCUAUUCAGCCGCUUUAUAUUGCUGGGAAGUUGCUCAGUCAUCAUAGUGAGCAUAUUGAGGUUGCGAGGUUGUUCAAGCUUAUUGAGCGCACGACUGGAUGGGGUGCAUUGUGGCGACUCAAAGAUCUUGAAAGAGCUUGGGGGUAUGAACCGGGGGAGAUUCUGGGCGCUAUUUGA